UCUAGUUCGCUUAUUGAUCGGGAGGAUCUCCGGCGGGUGAAUCGUUUAUUCCUUGAGCUAUAUUCAUUUCGCAUGAUGUUUUGAGUCUGUUAAUCAAUGCAAAUAGUGCUUUCUCUGUAUAUUUGAUUUGCGGAAUUGAAUCUUGAGCUGCUUUAUAUCGUAUUAGUAAUGGUGUCUGGGAAUAAUGACCCUAUAGAAUCUUUCUUUAAUUCCCUUCACGCUGUUAAGGGUGCUUUUUCGCCAUUUGAAUCUGGUAUUCGUCGCGCUGCGAAAGAUCUAGAAUCGUGCUGGGCGGGUCCAGGAACUGGGGCCGAUAAUCUCGAACUGUUCGCGAAACCAGAUUUUGCUGCCGAGAACAGUAAGAGGAACUCUUCUCUGAAGAAGAAACAGUGCGAGGAUGAUGUUGUUGUUGAUGACAGAAAGAAAAACGUGUCGAUAAAAUUUCCGAUCAAGACGUUUUUGGGUACGUUUUUUCCUAACUCUGGAGCCAAUGACCGCAAGCCCGAGCUUCCGAAGAAAGGGUCCAAAGGGAAGGAAUUAGUUGGAGAGAAGGUCUCUUGUACUAAUUGCUUGCAGUUUGCUGUUACCUGGUCUUUGUUGCUUGACAGUUUUCUUCAGGCAUUUCCAAGCCCAUUCAAAAACGGAAGGAAACGUUUCCCGAAACAGUGUGCUCAAGAGAACUAUUGUUCAGAUUCAUGCAAAGAGUCAGCGUCAUCGAAGGUUGAAUCUAAACUGAAACAGAGGGAAUGUGGUCAAUAUACUGGAUCAUUUCAGAACAAGGGCACAACAUGUAAGGAAGGAGACAGUUUUUCGUUGGAACUCCUUAUUGGUCUAAUAUUUGACCAGUUCACCCAAAAUCUUCAGAAAUUUGACAAGGAUAACCAGCAAACAUGUCAUGAGAGUUCUGCUCAAACUGAAAUUUCCUCUUCUCCUUUGCCUACAUGUGAUCACUUUGGGGUAGUUUCAGAUAUACUGAGAGGGAAAAAGGCAGAUGUCAAUUACUUUCUUGGGAACUUGAGGUUUGCAAGAGUUGGAGGUGUGUCACCAACUCUUGUGGGAGUAACCUCUUCUGUCAAAGUAGAGGGUGACGAUGGUGUCUCUGCUGGUAAUAGUGAAGAAACAGAAAGCAGUUCACCUCAGAAGCUUGCAAAUGGGUUGCUCAAUAUUCCAUUGUCAAAUGUUGAGCGCUUGCGGUCCACUCUUUCUACCGUUUCGUUGACAGAACUGAUUGAGCUUCUCCCUCAGUUAGGGAAGUCCUCUAAAGACCAUCCUGACAAGAAAAAGUUAUUCUCUGUGCAGGAUUUCUUCAGAUAUACGGAAUCUGAAGGUAGGCGGUUCUUUGAGGAGCUCGAUAGGGAUGGAGAUGGUCAGGUAACACUAGAAGAUCUUGAAAUCGCCGCGAGAAAGAGAAGAUUACCUCGGAGAUAUGCUCGGGAAUUUAUGCGCCGCACUAGAAGACACUUGUUUUCAAAAUCAUUCGGUUGGAAACGAUUUUUGUCCUUGAUGGAGCAGAAGGAACCUACCAUUCUUCGGGCUUAUACCACUCUAUGUUUGACCAAGUCUGGAACACUGCAAAAGAGUGAAAUCUUGACGUCCCUUAAAAAUGCUGGACUUCCAGCCAAUGAAGAUAAUGCUGUUGCCAUGAUGCGCUUUUUGAAUGCUGAUACUGAAGGAUCUAUAUCCUACAGUCAUUUCCGCAAUUUCAUGUUGCUUCUUCCUUCUGAUCGACUUGAGGAUGAUCCCCGGAAUAUAUGGUUUGAAGCUGCUACUGUUGUUGCUGUUGCACCGCCGGUGGAAAUCCCUGCUGGAAGUGUUCUGAAAUCUGCAUUGGCUGGUGGGCUUGCUUGUGCACUUUCCACUUCUCUAUUGCAUCCCGUCGAUACAAUGAAGACUCGAGUGCAAGCAUCAACACUGUCCUUCCCAGAACUUAUAUCAAAGCUUCCUCAAAUUGGAGUAAAAGGAUUGUAUCGGGGUUCCCUUCCCGCGAUUCUUGGUCAAUUUUCAAGCCAUGGAUUGCGAACUGGAGUCUUUGAAGCAAGCAAGCUUGUAUUAUUAAAUGUGGCUCCAUCACUUCCAGAGAUUCAGGUGCAAUCUGUUGCAUCCUUCUGCAGUACAAUUUUGGGAACAGCGGUGCGGAUUCCUUGCGAGGUAUUGAAGCAACGGUUGCAGGCUGGCAUUUUUGACAAUGUGGGUGAGGCAGUCAUUGGUACCUUGCGUCAAGAUGGUCUCAAGGGUUUUUUCCGGGGGACUGGUGCCACACUUUUCCGUGAAGUUCCUUUCUAUGUUGCUGGCAUGGGGCUUUAUGCUGAGUCCAAAAAGGCUGCUCAGCAGCUUCUAAAGCGGGAUCUAGAGCCUUGGGAGACAAUUGUGGUUGGGGCUUUAUCUGGAGGGGUUGCUGCUGUUGUCACCACCCCUUUUGAUGUGAUGAAGACAAGGAUGAUGACCGCCCCCCAGGGUCUUCCAGUGUCGAUGUCAAUGGUGGCAUUCUCCAUCCUCCAUCAGGAAGGGCCUCUUGGCCUGUUCAAGGGAGCAGUGCCUAGAUUCUUCUGGAUUGCACCUUUGGGUGCAAUGAAUUUUGCAGGUUAUGAGCUCGCAAGAAAGGCAAUGGACAAGAAUGAGGAGGGGACAGGUGAUCAGCUUCCUCAAAAGAGACUUACCACUUCUGGCUGAAAGUCUCUGGUACCAGGGGAAAGCAUCAAUAUGUGACACUGCCUUCUGGUUAUCUUUUAUGUGGGCCACGGUGAUUUAAUCUUUUCUGGAUUUAACAGCAUCAUAUGCUUCCCCUUUUAUCCGUCGACAUCUCUGCUCUCGUCAUCGAGACAUUGUACUUUCUGAGAUAGCUAGUUGCUUCUUUCAAACUCUUUGCACUUUACCAAUGACGACCUUGGGUGUAUUUUUGUGCUCUUCUUUUGUGUUCUAAAUAAGGGGGGCCUGAGUUUAUAACGGAAAGUCAAGCUAAUACCAUAUAUUGACAGGACAUUAUGGCAUUGUGUGAGCAGGUAAUGUCCGCAUUUUUGGUAGUCUUCCUAAUAUUUGUACAUUUGUGCAGUUGGUUAAAAAUUUUCUUAUUGGUCU